GACUGCCUAGCCCUAACGUGUCUUCCGCUGGAAUCUGUGGAUCGCCGACCUCACCACCGGCACCACCAUCCAUUCCACCACAUGGCUGCCUGACUGCUCUAGUGUCUCGCGGUGGUCGCCGCCAGUCGUGCAGCCAGCUGCAGCAGCCGCUCCCUCUCUGCUCGCUGCUGCCCUUUCUGUUCGCCGCUGCCCGCCGUCUUUUGCCCACUCCCUGCCGCAAAUUCGUCCACUUCUGCGCGCUGCGCGCUCUCGCAUUCUCUCGCGCGGGCUGUCUCCCAGGCGGGCAGCUUCCGCCUUAUCCCCCCGAGCCCGCACGAGCGCUCUGGGCGACGAGCCGAGGCUCGACGCUGAUAGUGCGGCGGGGAGGGCACGAGGGCAGGGGAGGACGGUGUGGGUGACGGGGGGAGGGAGAACAGCGAGGGAGGGCGGAAAAGGAGGGGCCGGAGGCCGCGGAGUGUGGCGGAGCGCGAGAAGCGCGGAGGGGGGGGAGGGUGUGGUAGAGGGGAGGGCAGCUCGUAACGGUGGCCGAGGGGGUGGGGGGGCAGCGGGAAGAAGGUGAGGAGAGAGUGGGGAGACAGGGGGGAGAGAGGGGGGAGAGAGGGGGGAGAGUGAGUGCGCGGAGCGGCAAGGCGCGGGUUGAUGGAGGCGUUUUUCUGGGCGGUGUUCGGCGUGCUGGUGGCGUUGUGCGCGGGGCUGGAGGGCAGCAAGGGGCAGCGCGACAAGCUGCAGACGUCGCCCGCCUUCGAGGCGUUCAAGAACAACUACCUGCUCGUGUACUCGCUCAUGAUGGCGGGCGACUGGCUGCAGGGCCCGUACGUGUACGCGCUGUACCAGCACUAUGGGUACGACAAGGGCGACAUCGGCCGCCUCUUCAUCGCGGGCUUCGGUUCCUCCAUGGUCUUCGGCACCAUCGUGGGGUCGCUGGCCGACAAGCAUGGGCGGCGGCGGGCGAGCAUAACGUACUGCGUGGUGUACAUGCUGUCGUGCGCCACCAAGCACUCGCCCGACUACCGCGUGCUGCUGCUGGGGCGCGUGCUGGGCGGCAUCGCCACCUCGCUGCUCUUCUCUGCCUUCGAGAGCUGGCUCGUGGCGGAGCACUGCAAGCGCGGCUUUGACCCGCAGUGGCUGUCGGUGACGUUCUCCAAGGCCAUCUUCCUGGGCAACGGGCUGGUCGCCAUCCUCUCCGGGCUGCUCGCCAACGCCCUCGUCACCUCGCUCGCCCUCGGCCCCGUCGCGCCCUUCGACGCCGCCGCCCUCGUGCUGGCGCUGGGCAUGGCCAUCAUCCUCGCCUCGUGGCCCGAGAACUACGGCGACGCCAGCGACUCCAAGGGGCUCAUGGCGCAGUUCCAGGCCGCCGCCACCGCCAUCGCCUCAGACGAGAAGAUCGCCUUGCUGGGCGCCAUCCAGUCGCUGUUUGAAGGCAGCAUGUACACUUUCGUCUUCCUCUGGACGCCAGCGCUCGCGCCGUCCUCGCAGCUCAUCCCGCAUGGCUUUGUGUUUGCCAUCUUCAUGCUCGCCUCCAUGACCGGCUCCUCCCUGGCCGCGCGCCUCAUGGCGCGCCCCCACCUGCGCGUCGAGCUCUACAUGCAGAUCGUCUUCGCUGUCGCCGCGCUCUCGCUGCUCGUGCCGCUCUUCGCCUUCUUUGUGUUGGAGCCCGUCGCACCUGACGGCGGGGGCAUCACGCCCGGGGGGCGCGUGCAGCUGGUGGGGUUCUGUGUGUUUGAGGUGUGUGUGGGCGUGUUCUGGCCGUCCAUCAUGAAGAUGCGCGCGCAGUUCAUCCCCGAGGAGGCGCGCUCCACCAUCAUGAACUUCUUCCGCAUCCCGCUCAACUGCUUCGUCUGCAUCGUGCUCUACAAUGUGAGCGCGUUCCCCAUCACGGCCAUGUUCGGCAUGUGCGCCAUCUUCCUCGCCAUGGCCGCUGUCCUGCAGCGCCGCCUCUUCGCCAUCUCCGCGCCCGCCCGCCCCGACAAGCCCGUCUGCCACUCUGAUCCCGGCGAGGGUAAGACGCGUGAGACUGAGCAAGAGCCGCUGCUGUGAAUUCCAUGCUUGGGAGACCGCCAAUGCUGUGCCGGCCAUUCCAAAGGACACCACACCACAGCCCCCCAGAGGAGAUUUGAGCCCUAUUUUCUUUCACAAUAACAACAAAAGUGGCAGCUAUAGAGAUGAUUACAAUGAAUCGAAUGCACCCGGAUGUAAGACAUUGAUGUCUAAGCUUACAUGUCCCCGAAAAUGCCUAUUAUUCAUAUUGAUUUAGCUGCCUGGGC